AUGCAAGGAUUCAAUAUGGGACGCUACGUCCCACCCGACCAAGAAGGGGUAACUACUGGCAACAAACUUGCCGGCAAACACCCCCUCGGCGCGCGUGCGCGCCACCUCCACACAACGGGCGCUCUAAUCGUCCGCUUCGAGAUGCCCUUCGCAGUGUGGUGCACGACCUGCAAACCGCACCCGACAAUAAUCGGACAAGGCGUACGGUUCAACGCCGAGAAGAAGAAAAUCGGCAACUACUAUUCCACGCCGAUCUACAGUUUCCGCAUGACACACAGCGUCUGCGGCGGCACGAUCGAGAUACAGACCGAUCCGAAGAACACGACGUACGUGGUUACGGAAGGCGGGAAGAAAAGAGAUACGGGUGAUGAUAAGGAAUUGCAGCCCGGGGAGAUUGCGAUCAAGACGCAUGGGCUCGAGAAGGAUCCUGCGGAAAAGGAUCCGUUCUCGAAGAUUGAGGGGAAGGUCGAGGAUAAGAUGAGGGCUAGUGCGGAGGCGAGUCGGAUUUUGGAGUUGCAGGGACGGCAGAUGAGGGAUUGGGAGGAUCCUUAUGAGAUGAAUAGGAAAUUGAGGAAGACUUUCCGGGCUGAGAGGAAGAGUCUUGAGAAGGAUGCGUUGAAGGGGGAGGCUCUGAGGGAGAAGAUGAGUCUUGGGAUUGACCUUGUUGAUGAGUCGGAGGGUGAUCGGCUCAAGGCCGGUAUGGUUGUGUUUGGGGAGGAUCCGGCUGUGCGUGCUGCGCGCGAGGCUCGCUUGAAACCUAUGUUUGUGCCGCCUUCGGAUUCGAAGAAACCGCAGUCGGCAAAGCGGAGUUUCCGUACUAAGAAGGAGGAAAUAGUUGAGGCAAGGACGGCUGCGAUGCGCAAUGAGCUGCUGGCGAAUACGAAGGCUGCUGUUGAUCCGUUCUUGGUGGAUGCCGAGCAAAGUCCAAGUGAAUGGCAACGUCCCACCAAGAAGAGAAAGACUUCGGACUCUUCAACUCCAUCUAUUGCAAAGCUCGUCAAGAAAAGGAAGACUUCGGUCUCUACGCCUGUUCCGCCUAUUCCACCUGUUUCGAAGCCCAGUGAUGAUCACAGUGCUGCACAGGCCGAAACCUCCAAGGUCCCGCCAAAACCAGCGCUGGUGGACUAUUCCGAUUCGGAGUGA